AUGUCGAAUGCUCUAGACGCCGUUGCAAUUCAUCUCUACAGUGAAUUACUUGAACUCCUUCAAGAGGAGAGAUUUGGGACCUAUUUGUUUGAGGGAGCGGUUACCCACACUACCAUUGACCCUCUUCCCAACAUUAUAGUAGCAUCAUAUAGGAACAAUCUAAACGGAUCAGUCAAUCUGGGAAGAAUAUUGGCCCUUUUGUCUACUUUUCCCGAGGUCGUCCAAUUUGUCCAACCAACGAUCGUCCCGUUCUUCGACUCUACCGUUGGGAUCUACGUCUAUCACAGACGCGUCAAACAUUUCAUUGUUUGCAAGAAUGAUCCCAAUGUUAGGAAGGUUAUGCCACUAUUGGCAUGGGUCCAAUCAAUAGUCUCUCCUCCCCAAGAUUCUGAUUCUGAGUUGGGUUUGGAUUCCUCUUCAGACUCUGAUUCAUCUUCCUCUUCCUCUUCUCAAUAA